AGGACAGCUGUGAGAGUCACAGACACAGUGAAGCAGCUGCUCAGUUAUAAAUACAUGAAACCUCCUGCAUCUUUUCUCAAAACUCAUUUUGUCCUGAUAAACUUUAUGUGCCUCUGUUUCCUCUGAGUCCGGAUCUUCUCUGUGUCCUUUUAUUGUCUCAGGCUCUUCCUGUUUCCUGUUUCCUGUCUGCUCCGCUCUGGUUGUUGUUCAGGCAGUGAAGAAGAAGCUCACUCCAGCAUCUUACAGCUCCAAGGACAGGACGCAGUGUCAGUGUCCCACAACUGACACCGUCCCCUAACCCCUCAACUGCUACAGACACAACCACAGACAACAUGCUACAGACACAACCACAGACAACAUGCUACAGACACGACCACAGACAACGUGCUACAGACUUGACUACAGACAAAAUGCCUCAGACAUGACCACAGACAACGUGCUACAGACACGACCAGAGACAACGGGCUACAGACACGACUACAGACACGACCACAGACAACAUGCUACAGACACAUAAUCAAUAUAUUUAUGAUUUUCACUCCUAACGUGUUUUGGUACUGACUCGGUUCUGACUGGUCAGAUUGUUCAUUCAUUUAUCUAAAGUCUGAUUUUUAUAUUAAUAUAAAAUCAUCAGAGUCGGUUUAUAGUUUGAACGCCGAUGUAUUUACUGAUGUGAACUUUAUUUUGGUAAAAAAAAGAAGAACCGGAUGUCGUGUUUGCGCUUCUGUGUCGACACGUUUAUUUUGAAAAGGUUGACCGGAAGCUGCGACGGUGGUAACUGGUGUGACUUGAUGCUGCUGUUGGAUCCGAGCGGAGUUUCUUCAGUUCUCAAUUCUCUGACACCGGCACCGGGACCGGACCGGGACCGGACCCUGCACAGACCCAGACCAGGACCCAGACCAGGACCAGGACCAGGACCGGAUCAGAGAUGGACGGCUGCUGUCCGUCCUGGCGGUAGGUCGCGAUGGCCGUGGUGUUUCCUGGACGCGGAGGAGACAACGUCAGAUCCAGACUCCAUGUUGGUCAUCAUGGCCUCGCUGGACGGAAGCACGCCGGUUGAGACGCUUCUGUCAGUGAUCCAUCUAGAGAGGUACCUGGACACGUUCCGUCGAGCUGCUCUCCUGUUGGCGAGAGACUUCACUCACCUGGACCAUGAUGCACUCGUCAGUCUGGGUGUAACAGCCACGGGACACAGGAAGAGAAUCCUACGCUUGGUCAGUCACGUCCAGAGGACAGAAGUUCAGAGAGCCAAUCAGAAAGUGGCGACCGAUCUCCCACGUGACCGCUGUCAGUCUGUGUCGGACGUGUCUUCGUCAGAGCGAGGUCGCGGCGCUGCAGUGCUCCGUGGGACCACAGGACCUGUUCACUUUGAGGCGUUCAGGAACAGUUCGACUCCGAACCUCGCCGCCAUGUUGACAAACUCAGAAUCCAGCAGCAGCAAAGCCGCGGUGAAGCCGGUUCCCAAACCCAGAACUGUCUUCAACCGCCGCAGGACUGCGCCCAUCCACUACUGUUCUGUGCCAGACCCGGCUCCGCCCCCUCCCAGGAGGCUCUCCCAGGAGUCCAUAUGUUUUACUUUGUUAGAGGGUUCGACCUCAGGGGACACGCCCAUACCUGGCAAUGCGUCGACCUCUGAUCUCACGCCCAGCAGGCGACAGGGCCCAGUGGAGAGGACGAGGCCCAGUCGUAGCUCGUCUCUGUCGGACCCUGGAGGGUUAUUACCGCCAGUUCCCCCGAGACUGAACCAUGCGGCCCCUCCCUCAAUGUUCCAGGAGUCACCGCCCUCGUCUUCUUCUUCUUCUUCUCCUUUACGAACAGAGCAGAGCCAGACUUCCUGCCCUAUGAGUAUGGACAGCAGCAGGCUCUCUGGGUCCUCACCGUCCAGUUCACCCAGAGGAGGGGGGAUACAGAUGGUCUCCAAUGAGAUCUACUGGGGCACCUCACCUGGAUCUACUGCCCCCAGUGGAGGAGCAAGUUACAGCAGCCAGCAGCCGGCUCCUCCGACUCCACCCAGAAAAACUCCGGAGAGAAACAGUGGCAGCACGUUAAGUAACAACUCUUCAGGAUCAGCCAGAGCUUCGACCGACGACCCCGAGGAGGAGAUCAGCCCGUACUGUGAAACAGUUUAUCAGACCAGAAGAAAUCCAAACAUCUGUGAGAGUGAAAGAAUGGGACUGGAAGGAAGAGACACGAGGAAGGACGAGGGGAAACAUGCAGAGGAUCAUGGGAGUCACAAGUUCUCAUGGACGAGGCGUCGCUCGCAGGCUCUUCACUCCGGAGACUCCCAGGGCUACAGCACCGUGGGAGAAGCUCCGCCCGCCCCACACUGCCUUUCCCUACCCCUCCACAGCUUCCCCUCAGAGGCCGACGAGGACCUGACCAUCUCCCCCUACGCCAGCUACACCUCCCUGACCGAGAGAGCCCCGCCCAUCAUCAGCGGCUGGCUGGACAAGCUGUCGCCGCAGGGGAACUAUGUUUUCCAGAAACGCUUCGUGAAGUUUGAUGGAAAAAACCUGAUGUACUUCGGCAGUGAGAAGGAUGUCUACCCUAAAGGAGUGAUCCCAUUGGCUGCCAUCCAGAUGGCCCGACCCUCCAAAGACAGUAAAUUUGAGAUUGUGACGAGUCAGAGGAUCUUUGUCUUCAGGGCCGAGAAUGAAGUGCUGAGGCGGCGCUGGGUGUCCACGCUGCAGGAACAUGUCAGAGAUCAGCUGGUGUUCGGCCGGCGGCGCUUUGGACCCGGAGCACACUGUCAGAGACACGGAGUUCUGGAGCUGAAGGGAACCAAGUCAAGAGUGUACACGGCCAUCAAUACGGACCAGAUCUGGAUCCACAAGAAUGAACAGUGUUUUCAUAACGGGAUUGGCGUCACGGUGGUCGACGCCCGAGGAGCGACCAUCAGAGAUGGAAAACACAAGAGCUUUGACCUCAUCACGCCAUACAAGACCUUCAGCUUCACGGCCGAGACGGACCGGGAGAAGCGCGACUGGAUGGAGGCGCUGCAGGAGGCCAUCGCAGAAACUCUGUCGGACUACGAGGUGGCCGAGAAGAUCUGGUCCAACCGUUCCAACCGGGCCUGUGCCGACUGCAAGGCCCUGAACCCCGACUGGGCAUCCAUCAACCUGUGUGUGGUCAUCUGCAAGAACUGUGCAGGGCAGCACCGUGGUCUGGGGACGAUGGUCUCGAAGGUCCAGAGUCUGAAGUUGGACACCAGCGUGUGGAGCAACGAGAUUGUCCAGCUGUUCAUCAUGCUGGGGAAUGACCGGGCCAACGACUUCUGGGCGGCGCGUCUGUCUCAGUGGGAGGAGCUUGACUGCGAUGCCCCCCCCGAACAGCGGCGAGAGUUCAUCAGCCAGAAGUACAGAGAGGGACGAUACCGCCUCCCCCACCCGGCGUUCAGCCGCCACGAGGAUCUGCUCAAGGUCUUGUGUUCGGCCGUCUCUGAACAGACGCUUCUGAAAACCGUCACUCAGAUUUUCUCAGAGGCGGAGUCAGCUCGUCUCGCCAAUGACUUGGACGGCGGCCAGCGGCACCAUCAGCUGCUGGAUCCCUGCACCACAUCAGAUCCUGGUGUGUACGAUGAGAUCAUGCAGCCUGUUCUUCACUCUGGUUACCUUUACAAGUCCGGCUCCGUCAGCAGAGGAACGCUGUCCCGAAAGACCCGAGAAGACUUCCAGAAGUUCUGGUGUUCGGUGGACCGCUCGCUGCUCUUGUACGAGUCGGAGCGAUCAGCUGAUCCCUGCAUGCAGAUCAGCGUUAGAGACAUCGUGUGUCUGGGCGUCACUCGACCAGACUCGUCCAACAACAACAACAACAACGGAUUCAUCGACAGGUUUCGUUACACCUUCGAGUUGUAUCUGACUUCUGAGAAACUCCACCAGUUUGGUCUGGAGACGGUCGACGCCCUGCACAGCUGGACCAGAGCCAUCGGGAAGGCGGCGACGCCGCUCAGCUGUCACUGUCUGCUGACUCGGGAGUUCGAGCGUGUGGGUCUGCUGCGGUACCGAGCCAUGUUGGACCCUCAGCAGUGGAAGGAGGCCUACUUCGUCCUGCAGAAGUCCAACCUCUUCAUUUGUCCCCGGAAUGACGGAGCAGCUGAGGACAUCAUCAACCUGAACCGCCUGCAGGAGAUCAGUAUCGCCUCGGAGAACGAGAACCACGAGAAGAAAGACAUCCUGGUGUUGGUGGAGAAGGGAAGGACUCUUCACCUGCAGGGCGUCGGCCGCACAGAUUUCUCUCUGUGGUACUCGGACAUCCAGCGAGCGGCCGGCGGCAAAGGAAACACUCUGAGAGAGCAGCAGCUGAGCAGGAACGACAUCCCCAUCAUCGUGGACAGCUGCAUGGCCUUCAUCACUCAGUACGGUCUGGGCCACGAGGGGAUCUACAGGAAGAACGGGGCCAAGUCCAGGAUCAAACUGCUGAUGGAAGAGUUUCGCAAAGACGCUCGAAGCGUCAAACUGCGAAUUGGAGACCACUUCAUCGAAGACGUGACUGACGUCCUGAAGAGGUUCUUCAGAGAGAUCGACGACCCCAUCUUCAUGGCCGACCUCCACCCUCUGUGGCAGGGGGCUGCUAAAACCCCUCAGAAGAGUCAGAGGUUGGACCGUUACAAAGAAAUCAUCCGGAGCCUCCCUCGAGUCAACAGGACGACCCUGGCUGCUCUGGUCAGUCACCUUUACAGGGUGCAGAAAUGUGCCGACCUGAACCAGAUGUGCACCAAGAACCUGUCACUGCUGUUCGCGCCCAGUCUGUUCCAGACGGACGGGAAGGGGGAGCACGAGGUGAAGAUCAUGGAGGAUCUUAUAGACAACUUCCUGUACGUCUUCGACAUCGACGAGGAGCAUCAGACUCAGAUCGAGCUGGAGAUCAGCCUCAUCACCAGCUGGAAGGACACGCAGCUGUCUCAGGCCGGAGAUCUGAUCAUCGAGGUUUACCUGGAGAUGAAGAUACCAGACUGCUGCAUUACCCUCAAAGUGUCUCCCACCAUGUGUGCUGAGGAACUGACCAAUCAGGUUCUGUACAUGAGGAACGUCCCAGCAGUAGACAAAGACGUCUGGAUGACAUUCGAGGCCAUUGAAGACGGACAGCUGGAGCGUCCGUUACAUCCUAAAGAACGGGUCCUGGAGCAGGCCCUGCAGUGGUGUAAGAUGGCCGACCCGAGCUCCGCCUACCUGGUGGUGAAGAGAGUUCCUAAAGGAGAAGGAAUCAACAUCCUCACCUCCUAUCAGAGUGAGAUCAUGAAGGUCGGUCUGUUGAGGUGUCGUGAGGAACCUCCCAAGCUUCUUCAGGGAAACAAGUUCCAGGAGAGAACAUUUCAGAUCAAGGAGCAAAAACUGCUGCUGCUCAAAGACAAGAAGAGCAUCAGACCAGAGAAGGAGUGGUCUCUGAAGUCCAUGAAGAUCUACAUCGGCAUCCGCAGGAAACUGAAAGCUCCGACCAGGUGGGGGCUCACGGUGAUGUCAGACAAACACCAGCUGUUCCUGAGCUGCAGCUCGGAGGCCGACCUGUGGGACUGGAUCACCAUCUUCCUUAAAGCUCAGAACGAUGACCCCGCCCCUCCGGUGCUGAGGCGUCACUCCUCGUCGGAUAUCUGCAAACAGAAGUUCGGCACGAUGCCGCUCGUCCCCAUCAGAGGAGACGAGAGCCACAGCAGCAUGUUCUCGGCCAAUCAGACCCUGAGAAAGUUACAUGACAGAAGAACUCUCUCCAUGUACUUUCCCAUGAAGGUGCAGCAGGACUCGUGUGACGAGCGUCCUGAGUCUCCUGAUCUCCCAGAGCCGCUCUAUGAGGAGGUCGGAGACUUCGGCCUGCAGGUCCUCAAGUCCCUGGAGACGAGCUUCCUGUCCGGCAGCACCGUGGAGACCCAGGAGGUCCCGGACCACCUGCCACUCAGACUGGUCCCCGUGGAGACCGGACAGGGGGAUCACGUGAUCGUCCAAGACUCGACGCCGACGGCCGGCGUCUCCGUGGAGACUCUGGAGCGGAGCGGCAGCAGUGGAGGGGGUGAUGGAGAGGCAGACUGCAGCGCCCCCCAGUGGUCGGUGGUGGUGGGGAGGAGGCAGCAGCUGCAGGGAGGUUGUUCAAUGUCACAGGAGCUCCUGCUGCAGGAGCUGUCGUCGGCCUUCAUCAGGAAGACUGAGGAGGAGGAAGAUGAGGAAGAGGAGGAGAGGCCCUAUGACGUCUGACACACCAGACUGAAGAUGUUUCUAAUCUGUCUGUCACAGUUUAUAAUAUUAUCUUUACAGAUCUGUUCUCCUGACGAGUGGACGAAGAGAUUUUACCUAAAGGCUCCAGCGAAUCAGACGUUUUAUAUACAUAACUAUAAGCUGAACAGUGGUCGUCAUGACGACAGGACCCUUAACGGGACAGUGUCACGAGGAGGAGGAGCUAAACACUGAGGGCAGAGGUCGGUUGAGUCUGAAACUGACUCAGGUAACAUCACCUGAGGACGUCACUACUGUUUUAUUACGUGUAUGAAGUAUAGGGAUGUACAUAAUUAACUGUUCACCGACGAGAAGUAUUUUCACAGAUAAUUACUGUCAAACUGUUGAUAUGAUUUUAUCAGAUGAGCGUCCGGCGGCUCUGAGGUCCAGUGGACCACGACUCGGGUCAGAGCCGAGCGCUGCACACAGCUCUACACUGGAGCCACAGAUCGAUGACGUCAUUAUAUGAAGUGGAAAAGAACUUUUGUGUCAUUAUGAAACUGUGAUGUGACAAACCAGACCCGUAGCUUAAUUAGUGACGUGUGAAUCCACAUAUAAAAAAUUCAUCUCUUGUUUUACAGAAAACUGGUUUCGUUUUUGUCACAGACUAGUUCCGUUUGAAUCGAACAUUUGAAUCUUGACGGUUUACGGUCGGCUAACGUUAACUAGCUGCUAGCUUGAUGACAUCCAGAGCAUUUUACCUCCAGGUUUAAAUGAAGAAAGAUCAGCAGGUGGUUAGUUGUUGAAUAUGGUGAAUAUGGUUUAUUCUGACUCCAGUAAAGAUGAUGACUCAUCUCAGGCCACCAGUCGUCCCACAGCACCGACCAACUGGUUCCAGUCUGACCACGGAUAGUGUGUGUGUGUGUACUCUCUGGAUUAUUAUUCUAUAAAGCACAUGAAGGACGAUAUUAAAAUAUAUUUUGGUUCAUAA